AUGCUGCAAGAAGUUUUUAUGGCGCUUGCUGGUUAUCCUGGGGACGUCUUUGUGCGUUAUGAGGAUUCUACGAGUCUUAAAGAGCAGCAGCUAGGCAUUGGCUGCAGCAGCAGCAGCAGCAGCAGCAGCAGCAGCAGCAGCAGCAGCAACAGCAGCAGCAGCAGUAGCUCGACGUCUCUGUCUGGGGGAUUUAGAGUUAACCCUCUUCUUAAGUGCUUCAGCGAUGGAGAGAAAGAAGCACUGGAGAGAGCUGUUGCCCCUGGCUAUGAUUUGCUGCUAAUAAAAGACUUCAUUGUAGCAGCAGAAGCAGCAGAGGGGAGGGCCCUGCUGCUGCCUUCGCAUGCGCAGCAACCACCAGCUGCAGCAGCAGGAGCAGCAGCAGCAGCAGCAGCAGGAGGGGCCCCCUCACCUGCCUCAGCAGCAGCAGCCCAAGGAGCAGCAGCAACACCAGCAGCAGCAACAGCAGCAGCAGGGGGCCUCUACACUGCUGCGCUCGCCAGAGCUGCUAGAGAUAUUGUUGAUGAUUAUUUAUCUGUAUUAGCAGCAGCAGAAGAAGAAGUGCUGCAGCAGCAAGGCGCUCCUCUUGCUGCUGUUUCUGUCGCCCUCAAAAAUCAACCCCACAAACUGCGCAUCCUCAGAUCAAUACUCUCACAAGUAUGCUGCAUGUCUUUAUCUGCUGCUGCUGUGGGGGCCCCCUUACCUUGCGGCAUUCUGCUGGAUGUUUUGUGGAGGGGGCGCCACAGCGGAGACCCCACAGCUCGUGAGGUGUAUAUACACCUCAUCGAUGCAUGCGCAGCAGUAUUCUCCUUCCAGCUGUCAGCUUGGCUGCUGUCCGGUCAGCUGUUUGACCCUUACGGUGAAUUCUUCAUCAAGCGGAGGUCUCUAAGCAGCGCUUGGGGGGCCCCUCAGUGCCCUUUUCGCUCUGUGGGGCCCCCUGGGGGCCCCCAGGGGCCCCAAGACUGUGGGGCCCCUAUGGGGGCCCCUGCGGUGGGCCCUAUGGGGGCCCCUGUGGGGGCCCCUAUGGGGGCCCCUAUGGGGGCUCGUGUGGGGGCCCCCCCGGGGGCCCCUCUGGCAGCAGAAGAUUUAAGUUCGGGUUUAAGUGUGGAGGUGCUGGUGUAUGAAUGGUCUCGAUUGUUUGAGGUGUCUGUUAAGGGGGCCCCGUUUUGUUGUUUUGCUGCUGGGGGGGCCCCCGCUGCAGCUGAGAAGGGCAGUGCAGCAGCGGGGCCCGGAGCAGCAGCAGCUGCAGCAGCAGCAGCAGCAGCAGCAGGAGUGGUGCUGUUUAUAGGCAGAGCAAUUCGGGUGCUGACGAGGGGGGGCAAGUGGGGAGACAAAGAGAGACAGCUGCUGCAGCCAAUAGAAAAUAAAGUCCGCAAGGCCUUCUCUCAUCCUUCUUCUCCUGCUGCCGUCAUUUUACCCUGCCUCAAGAUCCUGCGUGCUGUGCGUUAA